AUGCCAACCGUCUUGUCUAAAUAUUGUAGUAAAACAUGCACUCCGUUUACGAGUGCCUGUAGCUGCAAGUUGUGUAAAGGAAAGAGAUUAGCACUUUACACACAUCAAAUAGUUGAUAUAUUAAAACUGAACUACGAAUCAGAAGAUGUAAAAGAGCACAGAGACUUAAUCGAAAAUAUUGUGGAUGCUGUUGCGAAAAAAGUUGGGGACUUGUAUCCUGUUUUUAAAACACAACAUAAACUACCAAACGGGAGUUUCUAUCAAAAAACGAAGAUAGAAUUGCCAAAUGAGUUCGACUUCCUCAACCCAUUUGUUUUUUCGGAGACUAAUGGCGUAAUAGCAAUAAAACGGUCGGAUGUUUCGGAAAGGGGCAAGGACGUGUAUGUUAACGAUUCUCUUCGACGGGUUAUCUUGUCGGAACCAGCGAAUGAACCUAGCAGUCGUGUUGGCGAUUUCAAAAUUCAACUUACCCGUAAUGAUAUUCUAUACCCGCUUCAUAGAGCUAUUUCAAAGGCACUCACGAAUCUCCAGAAUGAUGAUAGAGUAAUUUACAAAGGGGAGUGUGAUAUCAGACGCAGCAAGAUAGAACUUGCUCAGAAUGGCGAGGUUGAUCCACGCAAGUUAAAGCUCGGUGAGAUACUACUAGACAGUCGUAUUGUCGGACCAUGUUUAACCUUGGCGGUUGGUGGACCACUCUGUGUCACUUAUGUGGACCUGACAUUCUGUUUGGAAGACAAAAGCCCUGACAAAGGCUACAAUGCAAACAGUGGGCGGGAUGUAAAGUUCUUUGUUCUCCCAAGACACUUCAAGACGUGGAUACCUACAUACUAUGAACAGAGAUACAUGGAACUUGACAGCCACCACAGAAAUGUAUUGAUGGUACUGAAAUAUUGCUUCGUUGAAUGCGGAAAAUAUCAGUGUAGAUCAACAUAUAACUCACAUGUGUUAAAAACAAUAGUUCUGAACCAUUGUCUCACUUGUAAAGAUGCAACAUCGCUCGGGAGAUGUUUCAACGAAGUAGCUCAACACGUAUUCAGAUUGGGAAUUGGUAAGGACGAUCAUGAAACAAACAAUUCACAUCCUUGUCUGCACUUUAGUCCAACAUGGCUCGAAAGUCUUAGCAGUAUUGGGUAUUUCCAAAGUAAUAUUAUUACGGAAGGUGACAGAUUGCGUCCUGGUGACAUAUUGUACACACUUGCUCUAACCAUUCUAGUAGAGUUCAUGAAAACUUGUCCCGAAGUUGUAGACUUGUUACGUACCAAAGACGUACUAUCCACGUGUCUACAACUGAUCUGUAAAUACAGCAUGAGGGCAUUGGAUAUCAAAACUGAUGGGGACGAGUUUGUUAUUGAAUUCAAUAGCACGAUUCCCAAAGAAAACAUUGAUGGUUUUAUCAGUAAAUUAAAAGAUCUGAGACAAAAAGGCAGCGACAUUGCUGAUCUUUUGUCUGCUGAACCACUGCCGUAUCCGCCGUACCGUUCCGACCCUAGAAACACUAUAACCAUCACUAUAGCAGGAACAAUACAACAAACAAAAUCUAAUGACAAAUGUACAAAGUCGAAGAAAGUUAUGGACGAGGACGCUAUUGGUCCAGAAGAGAUUAGAUGUCGAGAAGAGCGCGCCAGACGUCGAGACGAAAAGUUCAGGCGUCGUCAAAAUACUAGACGAUGGGUAGAGGAGAAUAUACACCAGGAUAGAAACAAAAGUUUGGCUCUACAAAACGCAUCACCACAUAAACUAUGGGUGGCUCUCACUACGAACUACACUGACAACCUUGUUAAUCCAAUCGAACUUGAUUUUGCUAUAGAUGAUGCCAAAGAAGAAUUGAUAGAGGCCGGGAUGCCUGCAUCCACAGAAGUGUUUCUUGCGGGACAUAGUUUAGGGGGUGUAUUUUUAAAAAUGUUUGUACACGCUGACACGGCUAGUACCGCUGGAAUGAUUCUCUACGGUGCCUACUUUUCGAGGGGUGAGUUAGCCUCAUUCCCAGUUCCAACCUUGACCUUAUCUGGUGACCUUGAUGGAAUGAAUAGAAUAACAAGAAUGGCUAUCCAAUUCAGAGAAUUGAUGAGUUAUGUGACUGAUAACAAUUCAGAUGAUGGCACUUUUCGUUUUCCAACGGUUAUACUUCGCGGUAUCAAUCAUGGUCAGUAUUUCACAGGGGAUGUACCUAGCAAUUUGCAGGAAAAUGACAUUGCACCAGAGUUUGAUGGACCGACUGCACGGCAAAUCAUUGCAGAAGCGACUGUUGCCUUCAUGAUUAAAACACUCGGUGUACCCCAAUCGAGGCUGUCAGAUGCCACUAAUAAGUUAUCACAGUACUACCAGGAAAAUGAAAUACGAAUGAAGCCCAUCCUUGAUGCUUUCGCAUUGGAGAAUACAAAUGGGUCGUCCGAUUUCUCAAAAAACGCUCAACGAGUGAUAUCUGGACUUCCAACAGAAAACUGGAAUAGACUACGGGUAUCCAACGCCAUACGCGAUGAUAUCCAGUUUAUACGGUCCAGGCCAACCAUUGAAAUAGUAGAGAAUCAAGCUGUAAUAGCGACAUAUUCGGAUGUUGUUUAUCCAGAAAAUGAACUGGACAUCUCAACCAUAAACGAGAGUGCAUCAAGGGUUGCUAUCAAAAUGAAAAGUGCUAAUGACAUUCAAGAAGAACUGAAUGAUGAGGACUUAGGAUUUAAUACCAGUGUCAGCUGUCAAGAUAUUAACAAGAUGGCGUACGACCUUGCACGUGAUAUGUCGUCUGCUCUGGCGUUGCAAAGGUUCUCUGCUAUGAACUAUACAAUCAACUUUGUGGAGGACGACAUGGUAGAUAUUGGACCUGAAUUCAUACUAGGAGAUCUUGAAUUUUCUCAAAAUGGUAAAUCUUUAGUGAUUCGGUCCACCGCCCUUAAGACCAGCACGGAUAUACCAAUCAGAGAGUUUGCAGGACAGCAUUACUGCCAGACUAUUUCCCCGGCAAGAUUCUUAGAAUUUAUCUACGUCGAUGGCUUGAGAGACCGUGGCAACACAUAA